AUGGCCACUUGUACCACCGCUUUAUUGAUCCUCCUCCUCAUCCUUGCCACGGCUACCACCACCACCUUCAGCCUCCUAGAAAUGGAGGUGCUCCAAAUGGCUCAAACCCAGGUUUCACAGGCCAAGAAUUGGGUUAAUGGGAACAACUCACAAUAUGGAUUGGGAACCCUUUCAGAUGAAACAAGGAGUAGUGUUAAUAUUGUGGGUGGUGUGGCUCUAAGAGAUUGUUCCAAGCUCUAUGAGGAGAGCGAGUCUCGUCUCUCUCGCAUGGUGUCAUCUGACAAGAGUAGUUACACCAAAGAAGACGCGCUUACAUGGGUAAGUGCUGUGAUGACAAACCACAGGACUUGUUUGGAUGGACUUCAGGAAAAAGGGCAUGUUGAAGCUCAUCAGUUAUUGAGUAGAAAAAACUUGACCACGUUGCUUGGGCAAGCUCUUAUUUUGUAUUCUAAGACCAAAGUAAAAGGCAAAGGACUGCAUCACAAAACAGUAUCCGAAUCAAAUGAUGGUCUUGCUUUAGAAUCAUGGAGUCCAGCUGCCCAUAAGGCAGAUUUCACGGUGGCACAGGACGGUUCAGGCAGCCACAGAACAAUUAGAGAAGCGGUGGAUGCAUUGGCUGCAAUGGGGCACAACCGUGGUGGAAGAAGAGCAGUUAUACAUGUGAAAGCAGGAGUCUACCAUGAGAAGGUGGUGAUUGGAAGCAAAAUGCACAAUGUGAUGUUUGUAGGAGAUGGAAUAGACAGAACUAUCAUCACUGGAAACAGAAAUGUUGUUCAAGGUUCUACCACUAUGAACUCUGCCACAUUUGAUGUAUCAGGGGAUGGAUUUUGGGCAAGAGACAUAACGUUUGAGAACACAGCAGGCCCAGAAAAGCACCAAGCAGUUGCACUCAAAUCAAGCUCCGACUUCUCAGUUUUCUACAGGUGCAGCUUCAAAGCCUACCAGGACACUCUCUACGUGCACUCCAACCGCCAAUUCUACCGCGACUGCCACAUAUACGGCACCAUAGACUUCAUCUUUGGGGACGCCGCAGCAGUCCUGCAAAACUGCGACAUCUUCGUGAGGAAACCGAUGAGUCAGCAAUCCAACUUCAUCACCGCGCAAGGAAGAGACGAUCCUAACAAACCAACUGGGAUUUCGAUACAGGGUUGCAGGGUCAGGCCCACCUCCGAAGGUGUUUCUUCCAAGACCUUCCUGGGAAGGCCUUGGAAGAAAUACUCGAGGACAGUGUUUAUGAAGAGUGAUUUGGAUGGGUUGAUUCACCCCAGAGGGUGGGGUGAGUGGAGAGGAAAUUUUGCACUCUCUACUCUGUACUAUGGAGAGUAUAUGAACAUUGGAAGUGGUGCUUCUACACAGAAUAGGGUGAAUUGGCCUGGUUUUCAUGUGCUGAGGAGUGCUGGUGAGGCAGCACCAUUUACUGUGAGUCGGUUUUUGCAAGGGGAUCGUUGGAUUCCAGCUUCAGGGGUGCCAUUCUCGUCUGAAAUUUAAUAAGUGGGAAGGUAUACUUAGUUGGUGUAUGUAACUAGAUGGUAUUGAUCCAUUAAUGUUAUGUAAAUCAGUGUGCUAUCUUGACUGUGUUAGCAUGUUAGUUACUACUAAUUAGCAGAUAGCACUGUAUUAUUGCUAGCUUGGUGUCAUCUGAUGCUCCCAAAUCCCAAUUUCCCACAGCUGUCACCAGGCUCAAGACUAAUGUAAGGCUAUACAAUAUUGUUAUAUGAAAUAAAAUCUAUAUUAUCAUGAUAA